CGCGGCGGCCGAGGAUGGAGCCUGCCGGUAUGGAUUAUUUCUGCGACCAGGUACAGCAGAAGGACGUGGGCCGCAGGAUGCAGGUCGGCCAGGAGCUGCUGGAAUACCUGAGCGACCCGGCGAGGUCCCCCGAUCUGGAGCAGGACCAGCAGCGCCUUGACAAAGUGAUCGACGAGUUAACAGGAUGGGUCAACUCUAGUAAUUUUAAGGUAGCAUUACUGGGAUUAGAUGUUUUAGGUGCCUUUGUCAACAGACUAUCAGGACGCUUUAAAUCCUAUAUAGGAACUGUUCUCCUGCCUUUGAUAGAUCGUAUGGGAGAUGCCAAAGACCAAGUUCGAGAGCAAGCACAGAAUCUUAUAUUGAAAUUGAUGGACGAAGCAGCACCACCCAUGUACAUUUGGGAACGCCUUGCUGUUGGUUUUAAACACAAGAAUUACCGAUCCCGAGAAGGAGUGUGUUUGUGUCUUAUUGCAACCUUGAACAUUUAUGGUGCACAACCAUUAAUCCUCAGCAAGUUGGUACCACAUCUGUGUACAGUGUUUGGUGACUCAAAUAGUCAGGUGAGAGAUGCUGCCAUACUAGCCAUUGUAGAGGUUUAUAGACAUGUGGGAGACAAAGUACGAAUAGAUCUUACGAAGAGAGGAAUUCCUCCUGGAAGGUUGCAAACAAUCUUUGCAAAAUUUGAUGAAGUAAGAAACUCUGGAAAUAUGAUUUUAAGUAGCAUCAGUGACAAAAGCUUUGAUGAUGAAGAGUCAGUGGAUGGAAAUAGGCCAUCAUCAGCUGCUUCAGCCUUCAAGGUUCCAGCACCUAAAAAGCCAGGAAAUCCUUCAAACAGUGCAAGAAAGCCAGGAUCAGCUGGUGGGCCUAAGGUUGGAGGUUCCUCUAAAGAAGGAGGAGCUGGAGCUGUGGAUGAGGAUGAUUUUAUUAAGGCAUUUACAGAUGUUCCUACUGUACAGAUCUAUUCUAGUCGAGAACUUGAAGAAACGUUGAACAAAAUCAGGGAAAUUCUCUCAGAUGAUAAACAUGAUUGGGAUCAACGAACUAAUGCGCUGAAGAAAGUUCGGUCAUUGCUUGUUGCUGGAGCUGCACAGUAUGAUGGAUUUUUCCAGCAUUUACGGUUGUUGGAUGGUGCUUUCAAGCUGUCAGCCAAGGAUCUCAGAUCCCAGGUGGUUAGAGAAGCAUGCAUUACUGUAGCCCAUCUUUCAACUGUUUUGGGAAACAAGUUCGAUCAUGGCGCUGAAGCUAUUGUGCCUACUCUUUUUAAUCUGGUUCCCAACAGCGCCAAAGUGAUGGCAACUUCUGGGUGCGCAGCCAUUAGAUUCAUUAUUCGGCAUACCCAUGUGCCACGACUCAUACCUUUAAUAACAAGCAACUGUACCUCAAAGUCAGUUGCAGUUAGAAGGCGCUCCUUUGAAUUUUUAGACCUGUUGUUACAAGAGUGGCAAACACAUUCGUUGGAAAGACACGCAGCUGUCUUGGUUGAAACAAUCAAGAAGGGCAUUCAUGAUGCUGAUGCAGAAGCAAGAGUGGAGGCAAGAAAGGCUUAUCUGGGUCUUAGAAAUCACUUUCCUAGUGAAGCCGAGACUCUGUACAAUUCUCUUGAGCCGCCCUAUCAAAGAAGCCUCCAGACCUACUUGAAGAAUUCUGGCAGCAUAGCAUCUCUCCCUCAGUCAGACAGGUCAUCCUCCAGCUCACAGGAGAGCCUCAAUCGGCCUCUGUCUUCUAAAUGGUCUGCAGCCAGCCCAGCAAGUCUUGCAGGCAGAGUUUCAGGCAGCAGCAAGAGUGUUCCAAGCCCAGGAGCUCUGCAAAGGUCUCGCAGCGACAUUGAUGUUAAUGCUGCCGCAGGUGCAAAGGCCCGCCACGCUGCUGGACAGACAGCUGGAGCUGGGCGCUUGUCAGCAGCUGGUCUACCUCCAGGAUCUUACGCUUCGCUAGAGGAUACUUCUGACAAGAUGGAUGGAACAGCUUCUGAAGAUGGUCGUGUACGAACAAAGCUUUCAACGCCUUCUGUUGGUAUUGGAAAUUCUAAAACAGAUUCCAGAGGACGGAGUAGAACCAAAGUGGUGUCACAGUCUCAGCGUUCAUCAUCGCCAGACAAAAAUGAAGCUGGCAGUAGAUCUGGGUCUCCUGGAAGAGUUUUGACAACAACCACACUUUCCACUAUGAACACAGGAGUUCAGAGAGUGUUAGUGAAUCCUGCAACUGCACAAAAACGAAGCAAAAUCCCACGAAGUCAGGGAUGCAGUAGAGAAGCUAGUCCUUCUAGAUUGUCAGUAGCACGAGGCAGCCGCAUUCCUCGGCCUAGUGUGAGUCAGGGGUGCAGUCGGGAGGCCAGCCGUGAAAGUAGCAGGGACACAAGCCCUGUCCGCUCUUUUCCGCCCCUUGGUACGGGCUUUGGAAUUAGUCAGUCAAGUAGAUUGUCGUCAUCAGUUAGUGCUAUGCGAGUUCUGAACACGGGUUCUGACGUGGAAGAGGCAGUAGCAGAUGCUUUGAAGAAGCCUGUGCGAAGAAGAUAUGAGUCCUAUGGGAUGUACUCAGAUGAUGAUGCCAACAGUGAUGCAUCAAGUGCCUGUUCAGAAAGGUCCUAUAGCUCUAGGAAUGGAAGUAUACCAACGUAUAUGAGACAGACAGAAGAUGUGGCUGAAGUCCUAAAUCGCUGUGCCAGCUCCAACUGGUCAGAGAGAAAAGAAGGCCUUCUAGGCCUGCAAAACUUAUUAAAGAACCAGAGAACUUUAAGUCGUGUUGAGUUGAAAAGGUUGUGUGAAAUCUUCACAAGAAUGUUUGCUGAUCCUCACAGUAAGAGAGUGUUCAGUAUGUUUUUGGAGACACUGGUGGACUUCAUCCAGGUCCAUAAAGAAGAUCUGCAGGACUGGCUGUUUGUACUGCUGACACAGCUGUUGAAAAAAAUGGGUGCUGAUUUGCUUGGGUCUGUACAAGCAAAAGUUCAGAAAGCACUUGAUGUCACAAGGGAAUCUUUUCCAAAUGACCUCCAGUUCAGUAUUUUAAUGAGAUUUACUGUUGACCAGACCCAAACACCUAGCCUGAAGACAGUCAAGCCAGCACUACAGGACCAGCUUCGCUCUUUUUGGAGCUCAAAGGUCAAAGUUGCGAUCCUUAAAUACAUAGAGACUCUUGCGCAACAGAUGGAUCCAGGAGAUUUUGUAAAUUCAAGUGAAACUAGGUUAGCAGUGUCUCGAAUCAUCACCUGGACCACAGAACCUAAAAGCUCAGAUGUUAGGAAGGCUGCACAGUCAGUGCUGAUUUCCCUUUUUGAACUCAACACUCCAGAGUUUACAAUGCUAUUGGGUGCUUUACCAAAAACAUUUCAGGAUGGAGCCACAAAGCUUCUCCAUAAUCAUCUCCGGAACACAGGCAACAGUGGUCAGGGAUCAAUGGGAAGUCCUUUAACAAGACCUACUCCACGCUCCCCAGCAAGUUGGUCAAGUCCUCUCACUUCCCCAACCAAUACAUCGCAGAACACUUUGUCACCAAGUGCAUUUGACUAUGACACUGAAAAUAUGAAUUCUGAAGAUAUUUACAGCUCUCUUCGUGGAGUCACUGAAGCCAUUCAGAAUUUCAGUUUUCGUAGUCAGGAAGACAUGAAUGAGCCUGUAAAACGAGAUUCCAAAAAAGAUGAUGGCGAUUUGAUUUGCAGUGCUUCUGGAAUAGUAGACCUACGAGCAGGAAGUGGUGUGAGCGAUACAGGCCGAACAGCUCUUGAUAACAAAACAUCAUUACUCAACACAAUGCCUCCCCACUCUUCGCCACGUUCACGAGAUUAUAACCCAUACAAUUAUUCUGAUGGUAUCAGUUCAUUUAAUAAAUCUGCUUUGAAAGAAGCCAUGUUUGAUGAUGAUGCAGAGCAAUUUCCUGAUGAGCCUCCCAUGGACCAUUCUGAUCUGGUUGCAGAGUUACUGAAAGAGUUAUCAAACCAUAAUGAGAGAGUUGAGGAAAGAAAGGCUGCCCUAUACGAGCUCAUGAAGUUAACUCAGGAAGAGUCUUUCGGUGUUUGGGAUGAGCACUUCAAAACAAUACUACUUUUGCUGCUUGAAACACUUGGAGAUAAAGAGCAUGCAAUUAGAGCUUUGGCAUUGAAAGUUCUAAGAGAAAUUCUAAGAAACCAGCCAGCAAGGUUUAAGAAUUAUGCAGAGCUCACAAUCAUGAAGACAUUAGAAGCGCACAAGGACCCUCAUAAGGAGGUGGUGAGAUCUGCUGAAGAAGCUGCUUCCAUGCUGGCCACUUCCAUUAGCCCAGAUCAGUGCAUCAAAGUUCUUUGUCCAAUUAUCCAAACUGCAGAUUACCCCAUUAAUCUGGCUGCAAUCAAAAUGCAGACGAAAGUCAUAGAAAGAGUAUCUAAAGAAACCCUUACUCAGCUUUUACCAGAGAUUGUGCCAGGUCUUAUACAGGGUUAUGAUAAUUCAGAGAGCAGUGUUCGUAAGGCAUGUGUUUUCUGCCUUGUAGCCAUUCAUGCAGUAAUUGGUGAUGAACUAAAACCACAUCUCAGUCAACUCACUGGCAGUAAAAUGAAAUUAUUGAACCUUUACAUCAAACGUGCCCAAACAGGCUCUGGACCAGGGGAUACAACAGCAGAUAUGUCUGGACAAAGCUAAUGAAGCUGAGAAGAGUUAACCAGGUCUCCUAUAGAAAGGGCAAGGCCCUCUUCAGUGAAAGGAAAAUUCUUACAUACAACUUUUGGAACUUUUUUCUUGGUUUUUUUUCCUUUCUUUUUUUUUUCUCCCUUCCACCCCCUUUAACCAACGGCUGUCCUCAGCCUGCAUGUGACUGUUGCAAUAGAAUUAUUCCAAAUUCAAGGAAAAACAGUAUUAACAUCAGUUGAUCAAAGCAGAAUAAAAUUUAAAAAUAAUCUAAUCCAUCAGUUAUCCUGUUCGCAAUCCUCUGUGUCUUCCCAUUAACUUUUGCCAGUGUUAUUGUAUUAAAAUUUUUUUUUUUAAAUGCUAAUUAAAAAGGUAUGCUUUAAGCUUCAGAAGUUAAAAUAUAAAUUCUGUUGCUUUUAUUCAGCUGCAGAUAACAUUACUUUUUUUUAUUGCUAUUUUGUUUGAGUAUCAUGUCCUUCGCUAGAAACAAGAAGUGAUGUGAACCAAGGCUGAACUAGUCUGAACUGCAGUGAGACUUGUUCACUGUGUUGGUGGUUCAUCAUCUUAUUUACAGCUUGUUUGGGAUAUUCUGGAGAUUGAGAAAUAUGCCUAUAAAAAAAAAGCUGGAUUGAUCCAGUUCUGUAAAAGUGAUAUUGUUCAUUGGUUGUAUGUUUGUUGCAUAAAUAAGAAUUUAGUGUGCGCAGUAGAGGACUGGUACAACCAGUACCUCUUAAUGUGGAAGACAGCCCUUUCAGGGUAGCAUUGCCGACCUGGUGAUAGUGUGGCAGUCUGCUUUUUAGCAGCAGAGUUAAUGGUCACUUGAUGGACGUGAACCAUCCUUGUCACCUUUCGUUCUUCAAGCAGGAUGCUUCAGAAUGGAGUGCUCUGCCCAAGCAUGCUCAGUAUGUAUUUAUCUUUAUCACUAGAAUGUUUCCUCUCAACCUAAUUGCUGGAACAAGUAGUCUUGUAUUGUAACUCACAUGGGAUUUUAUGACAACAGUGCAGAAAACUAUUCGUUAUCUUCCUAAAAGCACCAAGGUUUUCUGCAUUGAAUUUAAAUGGGGGGGGGGAGGGGAAAUAGUCACAAAUGCUAUAGAUCUUGCCACCUUUUAAUUUAAAAAAAAAUAUAUAUUUUGGAUGAGUUGGGAAAGCUGCACCAAAUUAUUUGCAUGGUUUUCUUGAAUAGCAUCCUCAAGACCCAUCUGGAUUAAGGUGUGGAAAUAUUUCCAGGGUUUGUUUUUCCAUUUUUGAAAAAGAGUUAGUUUAUUGUGAAUAAUGGUUCUUUGUAUUUAUGAACUUGAUAAUGGGAAGAGAACAAAGAUCAAGUAAAUGUGUCCCUAAAUGUUGUCUUUUUCUUUUUUCUUUUUUUCUUUUUUCUUUUUUUUUUUUUGGUCUUGGAUAUAAGCGGCAAGCUAAUUAACUGAGAGCUGGGAUGAAACAGUGCCCUUCCCAGGAAUGGUGGAACUUUUUUUUUCCCUGACUUUUUUUUCCCUUUGACUGUGAUGUUGUCUAGUUGUAGGAAGUGCAUCCUGAUAAGAGAGAAAAUAGCUGUGCCAAGGAUGAUGAUCUAUGCUAGGCUAAAAUUCUCUUUACCUCUUCAGGGUGACUGAUUUUUUGACUGAGCUGCUGCAUAUAGCACCCAGUGGAAGAACUAUCUACAGAAAAUCUUCUUUACUUUUUUUUUUCCAAAUUAUCACUUAAUGUGUAUUCAAAACUCUAUUCUUCAACAUUGCAGCCAAAUAUCAUAAGAAACUAUUUACACACUUCACUUGCUAGGAACCCUGAAAAGCAAAACCGAAUAAAAAUUAAGUCAGAUGCUUGUAGUUACAUGAAAGGUUGUUUUCACUUUAGUUUGAAGUGAAUCCAAUAGAAAGAGCCAAGAUGUGGUUGUUAAAGAAGCAGUGCCGUUGCAGAGAUUUAUUUGGAGGAAAAGUUGUAGAAAUAUAUGUAAAGACUUAAAACCAAGACUCUCAUAACUCGUCGCUAGCCCUUUUUAGCAGCUACAUCAAGAAAAUAGUAUCUCCUCUUUCUUUCCUUCGUUAUGUGUAACAUCCUUGUUGUUUUCUACUGUUUAAUUACAUUGUGUAUUUAUAGUUCUAUGCUUACCAUUGUGCAUAUACUGGCAAUAAAAUGUACAUAACAUUACUUAAAAAAUGAGCAAUG